AUCGGUUCUUUAGCAUCCAUCCUUCCUUCAAUUGUAAUGCAUGAAAGAAAAGGAAAGCGAAGAGAGCAAUAAAAGGCAGGCGAGGGUUGAGUUGCGUAGGUGCAACCGAGUGGGAAUUGUGGCGUGAGCGCAUGCGAAACCCCCCCAACUCCAGACUCCAUUAAACCUCCACCCAGCUUGCCUUCCCUUCCUUCCAACGCCUCUCUCUCUCUCUCUCUCUCCAACCUCAACCCCAACCCCGGCCUCCACUGUCCCAUUUUCCAUUUUCCCAUUUCCAUUUCAUACUCUCUCUCCCAUGCCCAUGGCUUCUUCUUCUCCCGCUCACGGCGAGCCCCAGGCACCCUCCGACAUGCUGCAAAACGGGGACAUUCCUCGUUUAGGAAUUGAAGGUGAUCUCAACGUUCUCCAAAAGCACGUCGCUUUCUUUGAUCGAAACGGGGAUGGAGUGGUGUAUCCAUGGGAGACUUUUCAAGGAUUUCGAGCAAUUGGAGCUGGCAUUCCCUUGUCUACCGUCAGUGCUAUUUUUAUCAACGGUCUUCUCAGUCAGAAAACCCGCCCUGGCAAGUUCCCGUCGUUGCUCUUCCCAAUUGAGGUAAAGAACAUCCACAGAGCCAAACAUGGAAGUGACUCUGGAGUCUAUGAUGCAGAAGGAAGGUUUGUUCCUUUAGCAUUUGAAGAGAUUUUCAAGAAACAUGCACGUACAAAGCCCACUGCAUUGACAUCAGAAGAACUAAUGGCAAUGCUAAAGGCCAACAGGGUCCCCAAGGACUAUAAGGGAUGGUUUGCUGCGUGGACAGAAUGGAGGACCUUGUAUUCCCUCUGCAAGGACAAGGAUGGUCUUCUACAGAAAGACACCGUAAGAGCAGUUUAUGAUGGAAGCUUGUUUGAGAAAAUGCAAAAGGAGAGACAAUCGGGUCAGAAGAAAGCAUAGAAAAAGAAAAGAAAACUUCUUUUUAAUUUAGAUAUUUUAUAUAUCCCCAAAUGAAUUUGAUUGAAUGAAAGAAACUUUAUUUAUUUUGAUGUAGUAGUGCUGCUUCUAGCUUGGCUGGUUAGAUGAUCUUGAAUUAUAAAUUUAAAUUGGCAUGCAUACGUGUAGAGAUUAUACAAGUGUUUAAUGAAAUUGUUUAAAUGAUAUAAGCCAUUUAAGAAUGGCAUGUUAUCU